AUGAGAGGCAAUAUGAGCUUCGUCGUCCCAUCAGAAAGGUUUGAGCUUUUUGAAGAUUCCAAACAAUUCCUUACCACCUAUACCUUCGGUACACACACAGCGAAGCACACUUUCUGCAAAGUUUGUGGAAUAACCUCCUUCUACAUUCCAAGGUCAAAUCCAGAUGGCAUAGCAGUUACAUUCAGAUGUGUGGAUCCUGGCACACUAACUCAUGUGGAGAUCAGGCAGUUUGAUGGAAACAAUUGGGAAAGCUCAUACAGUAAUACAGGCAUUGCUUCUUGUUCGAAAGUGCCGGAUAAAAAUUCUGAAUGA